CCAGAACUCUAUCAAUGCGUAUCAACAUUUUUCUAAAGAACACUGUCGAUUGAUCGUUUAAUUAUCUAUAUGAUUCAUUAUCUAUCAUCAUAUGUAUUGUCAACUGUCUUACAGAUGCGUAGAGAACAUGGCGCCUAAUGUUUCUCUUUAUCAUUAUCUCGAAAGAACAAUACUUCUAACUCCAAAUAAUUUCGUCUUUUUCAGAUUCUAUUGGUAAUUUAGGGCAAUGUCUUGAAGAACAUUUAACAACAGAAGGUUGGGUUUAA